AUGCAAAAGCAACAUGAUAUACACUACCCCGAGUUGUCUCCUAGUCCAAAAGGUGCACAAGACAGGUUGUCCAAAAAUUUUCACCUAGUGUACAUUCGUACUCCUCUACCUGCGCUCAAGCCUUAUAAAGUAUUGGUCUUAGUAUUCAUGGGCGCACAAAAGACGACAUGCGCAUUUAAUCCGCCUAUGUAUAUUAAUUUACGCCUUUUUAUAUAG